GCGGUGGGCGGGGCCUGGCCCGAGGGGCGGGGCGCGGCUGGCUGGCUGGCGGCUCAGUCGCCUCAAGUUGGCCGGGCAGGAGGGAGGCCGGCGGGGCAGGAGCCAUGGAGAAGCCGCGGCGGCUCGUGGUGGUGACGGGUAAGGGCGGCGGGCGGCGGCGGCGGCCUCGAGCCAGAGGAGGGGGCCGGGUUUGGUGUUUUAUUGGGGGGGGGGACAGAAUUCCUGGGGGGGAAGCAUUUAAGGGCCGAACUUUGUCCCCCCUCGAAAUGCGCCCCCCACCUCCCGCGCCCCCCGCCUCUGGUUCCCCCCGCCUUUGGUUCCCCCUCCCUCCCCCUUCCAAAUAAACGAAAGUUCGAACUUGUCACUAACUUGCAAUUUGUUUCUGUUUCUCUUCCUCCCCUCCACUUUUUAAAAAAAAAAUCCACUCUUGCCUCGUUUAAUUAAUGCUCAAUAAUUGGCCCCUCCCUCUUUAGAUCCUGCCUCUCUUUUUCCUGAUUUUUUUUUUAAACUUAGCUCUUCUCAAAAUUCUAAAUAAACAAAUAAAUGGUGUGAUUUCCCGUUAUGUGAUUGAAGAAGCAACAGUUUAAUUAAUGCUAAUUAAUUGGCCCCUCCCUCUCUUGAGCCUUCCUCUCUUUCCUGUUGUUUUAACUUAACUCUUCUCAAAAUUAAUAAUAAAUAAAUGCUGUGAUUUCCCGUUAUGUGACUGCAGAAGCAACAGUCAGCCCCACCCAACAGAGCCCUCUAGGAUUAAACUCUUCCUUUUUUCCAUCCCCCUUUCUUUCUGCUGCUUCUCCAGCCCUUUUAACUCCCCUCCCUGAAUCAUCUCCCUGAAAUAAUCUCUCCUUCCCUCUUACUCAUUUUCUUUUGACCCUUCCCCUGAAUGCCUUCUCUCCUUCCAGCCUUUCCAAAGCUCCUCCUCCUUAACCCCGCCAAUAACUAUAUUUAUCAUCGCCUCAUUUGAAUUGUUACCUACUGAAAUUUUAAACGAGAUCUUAUGGGAAAGUGGCGUUAAGGGUGGUUUGGGGGGGCAGGAGAAGAAGGUUCCUAGUUGUGCCUUUGUGAAAGUAAUCCCUGGGUAAUUUAGGGCGAUUGUGAGAGAAUUAUGUUGUACGUGUGGUUGAGCAAAGCUCUUUUCGUUGUGUGUUAUUGGGGGAUGGUGUCCUCUUGGCUAACAUUAAUAAAUUAUUAUUUUUAUUAAAAAUAAAGGCGCAGUGCUACUGACACCAUUUUAAGGUGGCAUAUAAACAGUCAGGUUUUUUUGUUUGUGUGUUGGAAGAAAAUCAGAUUCCCGUUGUCAUGCUCUGUGUUUCAAGGCUAGCUUAACUUGCCCUGGGAAAGUCCCGUGGAAAUUGGCUCAAGGUCUGUUGUUGUGUCUCUUGUCUGAGAUGGGGGGGGGGGGAGGCUGGCUGCUUCACCAACUCCCCCUCUCUCCGCUUUCUGGGGGACGCCUCCUUUUUCCCUGCAGAAAGUCUGGCUGCAGCUGGAGACCUUGGAAUCAAAUGCAAACUCCGACAAGUGGUUGGAUGCACAGCCUCCUCUUAAUUUCCCAGAUUCUCCCCCCCCCCGCCAAAAAAAAAACCCCAGCUCUGAAAUCACGCCUAGGGGAAGACGGGGGUGGGGAAGCCAGUGGAGUUGACUUGCAAGAAAGGAGUCAAAAAAUGUUGCUCCUGGGAGUUUUCCUGCAGUGGGUUAUUCGAAACAGCAGAGUUGUGUCUGAGAGAGAGGAGGGGCCGGAGAAAGCUGGGGGGGAAUGAGGCACAAAAGGGGGUGGGAUCUGGGGGGGGGUGAGCAGAGAGAUGGGAGCAGCCUCUGGACUGGGGGAUGGGGCUCAGGAGUGACGCUCUUCUUCCCACCUGCGCUUCCUUGUCAUGGGAGUCAGAGCAGCACCCUCUGGACCAGCUGGGGUGGCCUGAAUUCGAACCCGAGACGGACCCACUUGGAUCCUGGCAGCGAAAGAGGUGCUGGUCUUUGGAGCCCCGUUGCUGAGAUCUCCAGCCGAGCAUGUGAAGCUGUUCUUGCACACCUGUGGAGCACGACUGCCUUGCAGACAUGUUGAAAGUAAAAUUGGAUUUAUUUUUUAUUUUUUUGCAGAGGAGACCUUCCUUUUCUUGCCGCAAGAGGAGAGCACUGAGUGCCACAGGCGUCAUGUCCACAAGUGCGCUCUCUCUCUCUCUCUGUGUCAAGAUAAUCUGGCAUUUGGGAGCAGCUGGCUUCCCGCUAAUUAGCCAAGGAGGCCUCUGGUGAGCCCAAGCACCCAGAAGGACUCUGAAACACUCUAUUGAAUUCUUAUCUGAUGGCAGGCCUCUCUCCUUGGUUGUGGAAGGAAGAAUGGAACACAAAAGGAGCCCUCUGUCUGGGGGGGGGGGGGGGGCUGUCUUCCCUGCACGCACACACACACACACACACUCUCUGCAGCUAUGUAGCAGGCUGGCACCUGUAGGAUUACCAGGCUGAAAUUGUGCUCCCGGAGUUUUGGCUGUUAUUAUUUACAGACUUCCUUAUUUUUUUUUAAUGAAAAAGGGAGAGGAAAGGUUGACGAUGCUUUUCUUGGAACAAAUAGAUCCGGUUUUUAGGUUCCCUGUUCGUCUGUAGGAUGACCUUUAGGUGACCGGACUUGGAAAGCUUGGUUAAAGUUGGCUGUCUUUCUCCCUUGUUCUGGGUCAAAAAUGGCGGGCAGGCAGAUUGGAGCCAUGUAACUUCCUGCAGGUCCCUUUUUAUGAGCCUGAAGCUGCGUAGGAACUGCCAAUAUGAAUUGCCUUCCUUGUGUCUGAAGUUUCUGAAGAAGUGUGCAUGCACACGAAAGCUUAUACACAGAACAAACUUAGUUGGUCUCUAAGGUGCUACUGGACAAUUUUUAAAACUUUAUUUCGUCUGCAUCAGACCAACACGGCUACCUACCUGAAUUUAAGUUUUUUUAUUUAUUUGAGAGAUCUCACUCCAGGAAACUGACACUCACCUUCAUAGCUAGCAUCCCUUUGUCCUAAGGGCGCCCAGACCCCAAUUUAAUGCUUUCUGUAAAUGGGUACACUGGUCUCCCCUAAACUCAAGAUCUUUGCGGGGGGAUUGGUGAAUUCUGGCACUUAUGGGCACCCACAAAGGAGGCUUGCAUGUCAACAGAAGCUUACUGCCCUAUCUGUGCGGUUUUACCAGCCUUUCAAAUGGCAGCUCGCCUAUGGUGAGUAGAAACAGGCCUCCAGACAAUCAGGUACCAAUACUUUGUGCUUGUAAUAAAAAAUUAUUGUCAUGUCAGCAAGCUCCUCCAGUAUAGUAAGGAAAAAUCUGACCUCACAGGCCCUGGGCAACUUAACCAUUCGCUGGGGUGCAGAAUCCAAGACGUUCUCAUUCAGUAAUUACAAUUAUGGGUUGCUAGUUAACUAAAGUUACUCAUUACUGAGCCAAAGGAGCAUUCUUCGCAGAACGCUGGUGUAACCUUUGCGUCUUGGGCCAAUUCUUACGUAACUCAGCUCUGUCAUAGGAAAUGUUUACUAAGUAAAAAAUCUGGUCGGGAGGAAAGAGCGUUGGACUUCAGACCCAUUGACUUGAGUUCAGAUUCCAUCGGGGGGUAAGAAGUUCGCUGAGAAAGCCAGUCUCUGCCUGCCUGUCCUACCUUACAGGGUUCUUGGGAAGGCAGAGUGCAGGCGUGUGUUUGCAUUCUUGUGCAUGAAUUUGACUGGCAAGAGGUACAAUCAAGCCUGGGCUGGCAGAGCUUGACCACAGCAGUUGCUGACUUGAUCCAGAAUCUGCAGUUAGUGCAGAAUGUUGCAGCAUAGGAGCUGACAGGCCCCUGUCUGCAGAAACACCUCUGCAUAUAAAAGCCCAUAGCUGCUUAGGACCAGCUUAUUGCCUUGAUCUCUUUGAUCUGCUGAGUUGGCAAAGACUUGCUUUUGCAAUUCAUCAUUAUAUCACUUUUAAUUUGUAUGCCGUCUUUCUAUCUUGCAAUACUCAAGAUGGUUUAUAAGCUGAAGAAACAAAGAAUGUACACUGGGGGUCAGCAAACUUUUUCAGCAGGGGGCCAGUCCACUGUCCCUCAAACCUUGUGGGGGGCCGGACUACAUUUUUUGGGGGGGAAUGAACAAAUUUCUAUGCUCCACAAAUAACCCAGAGAUGCAUUUUAAAUAAAGGACACAUUCUACUCAUGUAAAAACACGCUGAUUCCCGGACCUUCCGCAGGCCAGAUUGAGAAGGCGAUUGGGCCAGAUCCGGCCCCCAGGGCUUAGUUUGCCUACCGAUGCCUUAUAACAAUCUAAUGCAAUACAAAAAAGUGAGAAUAAAACAUAACUUUAAAAUAAGCAACCUACAUCAAGAAAGUAACACAGCAAUCAUUGGAAUAGUACAGAAUCAUAAUAUCAGCAUAUAAAAAGUAAACAUAAAUUCACUCUUAACAAUUACAAUAAACAAUUUCUAAACUACAAUCAAUAAAACAGUGGCAAGCCACGGUGCAUAAAAUAAUACAAUACAAAUUGAGGAGCAGAGACUGGAGGGUGGGGCAAGGUAGGUGGAAGAAGGCCUUGCCUGAUGAAGUCUCUCCCCUCUUGUCAAAGCGAUAAACAACUACCUGACAUUCAGAAGACAUCUUAAGGCAGCCCUGUUCAGGGAAGUUUUUAACGUGUGAUAUUUUAGUGUAUUUUUGGUUUCUAUGGAAGCCGCCCAGAGUGGCUGGAGAGACCCAGCCAGAUGGGCGGGGUAUAAAUAAUAAAUUGUUAUUAUAUUAUUAUUGUAAGAAGUGAAUCCUUUGGCCUGGCGGGACCCCCACUUUGACUCAGAGAACCACAGAGUUGAGCUGGAAAGGGACCCUGAGGACCAUCUACUCCACCCUCUGCAAUGCAGGAACAUGAAGCUGUCCCUUACGAGGACCAAACCUGCAACCUGGACGUCAUCUGCACCACGCUGUCAGCAGCUGAUCAGAACUCCCUGCUUAGAACAGUUUUUGGUUAGCAAAGACACUCCAGAGCGUGUAGAAGUUGAAUUUUCUCUCUCUUUCAGGACAAAGGUGCUUCUGCUGGUACAAAUAUCAGUGUUUGUGUCCCCAUCACUUGCAUGAGAGAGGGGGGAAUUGAAAUCUCUCUGAAUCCGUUUUGAGGGAGUAUUUUUGUUUUGUUUUGGGGGGACCUGGGGAGGUGGCAGGAAAUGUAUUCCCAAAUAGGGGCGGAAAGUGGUGUGUCCCAGGAGACUAUCAAGGUCAACAGUAUCAAAAACAAUCCAGUGGAUCUUACUUCAGAGUAGACCUGCAUAGGAUGGAGAAUUUUAGCGUGGUUUAGUGGUUAGGGUGUCACACUAGGACACAGGAGACCAGGGUUCAAAUACCCCCAUCACUGGGUCCCCUUGGACCAGUCACGGUCUUUUCUCUCAGUCUAGUCCUCCCUCCAAGGCCUGUUGUGAGAAUCAAAUGGGGAGAGCUCUGCUCACCGCCUUGCACUCCUUGGAGUAUGGAGUUAUGGGUGAGAGAUGGGGAGGGGCAGCGCAUGGUUGGGGGAGACAAUCUGUGGCUCUGCCCCUGUUGCUGGACUCCCAAUCCCAGCAGCCAUCACGGCUUGGCGGUGGGAUGGUGGGAGUUGGAGUCGUCAAAGAUUUGGCGCCCCCAGAUCCAGGCUGCCAGCCAUGCUGGGAUGUAGGCAGUGUGGUCUUGGACCUGGGAGAGACCCGAGUUCAGAUCCCCACGCAGCUGUGAGGUGGCCAGGUACUCGGCCAAGCCUCCCUAGCAGGGGAGGAUGGCAAUGGGACAGGAUGGGGGGAGGGGGGCGUCAGCCUUGCUUGGGGACGCCCAGACCCGCCAGCGAGCCCAGAGCCACGUCGGUGAAACCUCUGCUUGUGUCGUUCCAGGGUUUGGCCCAUUCGGGGAGCAUUCGGUCAAUGCCAGCUGGAUCGCGGUUCAGGUAAACGGCGCGAGUUCUCAAGUUCUUUGUCCCAUAGAAAGUAAUGCAAAAUGGAUUAAUCCGUUCCAGACUUUUAUAAACAACCCCUGAAACACGAAUUUAACGUGAAUUUUACUAUCCAACGAGACCAUUGAUCCAUAAAAUGAAAGUAAUAAACAAUGUACUGCAGUCACACGAUCAGCCCACCAGGACCUGAACUGGGUUCCGCACAGUCGCAAAAACAAAAACACAAAAUAAAUAGCAAAAACAGACAGACUUCAGUGUAACACUCAAAACGGAAGUGUGGCACUCAAAUUGGAAGCGUAACACUCAAAACGAAGCACGUUUGGCGUCUGCACUGAGUCCGACCCCUGGGCCACGUAGCAACUGAGAUUCUAAGCGAGGCAAAUUGUGAAAUUGCGCCUGAAAGCCUGGCUCCAAAUUUAAGGCACAGCCGAUCUGCUGAAUGAGAAGUUGGUGCCCCCCUCCACUCCAUCCUGGUUGCGGGGUCCCCUCCCCUUCUAAGUCAGGAGCUCUGGGAAUAUUCCUUUUUCCAAAUGCUUUCAAAUUAAACUCUGAGCCCGUAAUCAAUUGCAGCCGACUAAUGGACAGCCAGCCAGCCAGAUGUCUGGGCCAUGACUGUGAGUUCGCAUCUCUCCCCCCUCUCCUAUUCUGCCCCCUCCCCGCCUUCAAAGCCAGCUUCUUGUAUUUGGCAAGGCCCUGGGCUGCAGGUGAGACGGAUCCUGGCUCCCGGCCUCUGGUGCAGAAUGCCCGGGAAAAGGUGUUUUGACCCCUGAACUUUGCCUCCAGCAAUAAGGGGUGGGUGGCGCACUUGGCCAACCCAGAAGAGAACAAAUGGUGUUGGGGGGGGGCGUUGUUCUUAAGCCUUUGCCAUACUGGACAUGCGUCCUAGAAUUAUUCUUUAAUGGAAUACAUCUUGACUUUAGUUUAGAAACAUAGAAUUGGAGAGGGCCAUCUAGUUAAAGCCCCCCCCCAAGCCUUGCAGGAAUCCACCUUUUGCCCAGUGUGGGGCUCGAACCCAUGGCCCCCAGAUUAAGAGCCGCGUGCUCCUCCCCAGCUGAGUUGCGCCCGCCGGCAGUUCCACAGAAGGGACCAAGGCCUGCCUUCUUAAGGUGAUUCAGGCCCUCUGCCUGGUUCCCUGUUCUUGCAGCGAAGGAACCACCAGAAGGCCCUUGGGAGAGGGACCCCGGUGUCCGGGUUGGAGACGCUCCUUCAGGUCUACUGGGCCAGCUAAAAAGGCGUAUUGGCAUUUGAGAGCGUGAGCUUGCAAAAGUGGCUCCGUUGAACCCCAGGAAAUGGUCUCCAGUGGGAGUGAGUUCCACAGUUCAACCGUGCACAAAGGAGGACUUUCUUUUCUCUGCUCAGCGCCGUGACUUCUGGUGUUAGUUGAGGUGUUAGCCCAUGUUCCCCCGUAGUCUGCUUUUUAAAAUACAGAGCUCAAUUUUAUCAGCCUAGUUUCUUUGCACUUGGGGAAACUCAGACAAGUUUUAUAUUUCAGUAGCGGACACCAAUCCUAAUGUAGCCAAGUUCCUUGCUGUGUCCUUCAAAACGAGGACAUGUUUGUUAAAAGGAAAGAUAAGGAGUCUGUAUUUUGAAACUCCCUUUUUAUAGUGGAUUUGGUUACAUGCUUGUGUUAAAAGUCACCGUCUGUGUGCAUGCAAAGAGCGAGCGUGUCCCCUCUGCUGUGGUAGCCUUAAUAACUCCACAGUAUAUCUGAAGUCUAUAUCGGAGAGAAAUUUGGUUCAGCUCCUAUUUAAAGGCGCCCCUUCCUCAUUCCUGCUCCCCAGGUGAACUCGGAUGCAGCCAUCCUUCGAAAGUUGCGCUUCUCCAACAUUUUGCAACACAGUUCUUCCCCCCUGUGUUAAGGGGAAGGAAAAAGUUGCAUGCUUUGGUAUCAUUUACCGUGAAACGUGUGUGUUUGGGAGACAAGAGCGUUCAAAAAUGAGCAACGUUAGGGAAAAUUGAUUUGGGAAAACAUGUUACUGUACUUUUCCGUAUAAGACUAGGUUUUUUUUACUCUAAAAUAAUUUUAAAAAACAGGGGUCGUCUUAUACAUGGGGGGCCAUCUUCCCCCAUUUUCAUAAAUUUGAGUCCCCAAAAAUAUAUACACGGAAAAACAUGGUAAUUUGGAGGAAUCGGCAGUAAAAUGUUGAUGAAUUUUUGGAAGGGCUGUUCGCGGUUAAUUUUUAAGCCUGGGAAAAUGAGAAACAGAAAUGGAACGCCCCCCUCAAUCCCUAAAUGUUUAUGGCCCCUUCACGGAGAAAAAUCCCUGGCUGGUUUCAUCUGGAGUCUCCAGCACCAUCUCAGCCGAAAGUUUUCCCCUGCGCUGGCUGUUCUUUUGCCUCUUCCCCCGUCCCAGCCUGGAGGGGCCCCUGCAAAAAAAGAGGCAGCCCACCCCAGCAGGCUUUUGAACACGUGCAAAGUGGACCUUUGUGUCUGUCUCAGACAGGACUUCAUGGAGCUGACUGGACACAAAGACCUGUGUCUGAGUUUCUGAGUUCCAGACGGUGUGAUCUGCAUUUUAAUAGACACAAAAAUCAAUUAAACAAUCUUUGUAAAUCCUCCCCCGGCUUUCGGGGGGGAGCACACUAAGCAGGUUCCUGCUUUAAUAAGACUUGGGCGUCCUGCAUCCAAAAGCUUUUGAAGGAAAAGAGAACGGAGGGGUGGGGGGAGAAAGACCCCCCCUCCAAUUCCUUUUCUCCUGUUUAAGGGAUUUAUUUUUUGUCUUCCCCUCCAGGGUUGAAUGUGUGUCUGUCACCCCCCCAACCCAGCCUAGAACUGUCCCAACUCGAAAGUGCUCAAUGGAUCUUGGGGAGAUCCACAAAGCCCCCCCCCCCCGCCUUGACAGUAUUAUGAUUAUUUUAUAUACUGUUUCUAUUGCAUUUCCAUUUUUUAAUAUUAAAACACAGUCUUAUUGUUCACCCUACUUUUUGCUCAUAUGAGCUUAUCGACUUCCCGCCUCCUGGCUUUCAAAACUCAUCUUUAUAUCAUAGCAAUUGCACACCCUCCGUUUUCCAUUUUUUCCAUUUCUGCUGCUCUCAAUUUUAAAUAAGUGUAAAAAGGCAUCAAUCUUGAACAUUGCAAGACUUCUUACAACCCUGCCAGCGCCGACGGGAUUAUUAGAACGCGCCCAGAGCCUGCUUGCUCCUCCAGGCUCUUUUAUCCCAUUGAAGGUGGAUUUUUGCAUCUUUGCAGAGUGAAGGCACACAGCUUGCUGUUUGCAAAAUUCCCAAAGGCUUUCACUUUCCCAAGCUGAAUCUGCUCUUUUUUGCAGGGACAUGCUUUUUGGCAAGCGGUCCGUUUCAUUUUCUUUUAUUUAAAAAGUUGGCCUGUGGUCCAGCAGGUUGCCGGGGGCCCAGGUGUGUCCUGCGGACUGUGAAGUUGUUGGGGGGCUCCUGCUCCCCCCAUUUUCCAAAUCCCUCCGAGGAGGGAGGUCAGAGCAGCGAGUCUCCCCAUCCCUCCUAGACAAUCACUGUCAGGACGUCUAGACAGACCAGAUAAGGAUAUUAGAUUCGCACAAAGCGGCCCAUUGUGGAGAGGUCAGGGAAUCGGUCACACACGUGGUUUCCCCCUUUCUGCAUUUGUCAGGUACGCCCAAGGCAGCGGGGAAGAAUGUUUGGUGGCGGGGAAUGUGGUCUCUUUCUCUCUCCCCCCUUUUAAUAAUCCACGCGUGGUUCAAAAAAAAUAAAAUACAAAUACGAAAUAAAAUACAAGUGUUGUUUUUGCAGGGGGGGAAACAGGAACCCAAACCCCGUAUAUCUUUCAGCAAGGAGUUAGUAAAGUACACAGGAGAGGAAGCCAAGUGUUCAAACCUGAGAGAGAGGGGGGGGGAGGGGGUUGUGGGUUCUUGCUUGAACUCUAAGCACCCCAGAUGGGCUGGUGUUUAAAAAGGAGACACCCCCCCCACAAAGAUCCAACUUAAUUUCACGAAAUUCAUAUCCCGCUUGUAAAACGCACACCAAAGCGGUUUAUGAAAAUGCUGAAACAAUAUAAUUAUCCCUUAGUAAAGCUUUCCCAAAAAGUUAACGGAGGCUAGGAACAGAUCAAACGUCCCACCAGCUUUCUGAGCAUCUGGGAAGACUUGUCUAAACAGAAAUCUGUUCCGUAAUCCUGUCCUCACUGUGGCCGACCAGAAUCCCCAAGGGGAAGUUUGCAAGCAGGGUUUUGCAGACGAGGACGUCCCUCUCCCGUGGUUUGCAGCACCUGGGAUUCAGCAACCUUGCUGCCUCCAUGGGAGCGUUGGGGGCCCCUCCUCCUCCAUGGACUGGGCUGGCCCUCUCUCAGAGCCAAAUAGCUUGGCGGCCGUCCUGCCUCCUGCAGCAGGGAGUUCCAUAGUUUAUCUCUGCUGCGCAAAUAAGUCCUUUGUCUUUUGUUGUUGUUGUUUAGUCCUUUAGUCAUGUCCGACUUGCCUGCCCUGAAUUUUCUGGUGUUCGGCUUCAAGUCCCAGCCUCCAAAUGUGUUUGGGAGAGGACUGUGUUGACCUUCAGGCAGGGGAGGGCAUUCUUGAGGUGGCCCCCUCCCCAAUUCAUCUCCCUACUUGGCACUUGGCACCCUCCUUAAGCCGUGCCCCUUCUUCCUGAUAGUGAGUCCUCGGCCAACAAGCCCUGCUGUCCCUCGUUUGAGUUUGUUUUUCUCUCUGCUUAAAAAUGCCCCCCCCCCCCCCGCACGUUGUUCUCCUUUCCAGGAGCUGGAGAAGCUGGGCCUCGGAGACGACGUCGACCUCCACGUCUGCGAAAUCCCGGUGGAAUACCAGGCUGUGGAGCGGCUCAUCCCUGCCUUGUGGAAGAAGCACUGCCCGCAAGUGAGUGAGUGAAUGGCCGGGGGGGGGGCGAGGACACAGCAGCUGGGUGCCCACAGGAAGCUGCCUUACAUCGAGUCAUCAUCAUCAUCAUUUAUUAUUUAUACCCCACGUCACUCUGGGCAGCUUCCAACAAGAGAUUAAAAAUACAUUAAAACAUUAAAAACUUCCCUAAACAGGGAAUCUGCCUUCAGAUGUCUUCUAAAUGUCAGGUAGUUGUUUAUCUCCCUGACAUCUGAAGGGUGGGAGCCACUACCGAGAAAGUCCUCUGCCUGUUUCCCUGUGACCUUGCUUCUCGCAGGGAGGGAACCGACAGAAGGCCCUCAGGAGAUGGACCCAGGUGUCUGGGUAUACUGGGUAUACUGGGCGGAGGCCAUUUAGGGCUUUCAAAGUCAGCACCAACACUUUGAAUUGUGCCAAUGUAGGUUUUUCAGGACCGGUGUUAUAUGGUCUCCACUCCCAGUCCCCAGUCUGGCUGCCGCAUUCUGGAUUAGUUGCAGUUUCCGGGUCACCUUCCAAGGCAGGCCCACAUAGAGUGCAUGGCAGUAGUCCAAGCGGGAGUCAGACUAUUGUGCCCACACUGGCUGGCAGCAGUGACUCUCCUGGGGUCCUGACAGGACAUCUCUCCAAACCCUUCCGGAACCAUUUCCCGUUUUCAUGAAGUGUCCUGGAUGCUUUAGCUGAGAUUCCAGCAUUGCAGGGGGUUGCUGGGCUCUACAAUUCCGUAAUUCAUAACGCAGCACCCAUUUAAAUAAGAAUAUAGGGCGCUGUCUACUUAAGCAGGGUCAUACCUUUGGUCCAUCUUGCUCAGACCUGGCAGCCGUUCUCUUUCAUAAUACAAUAAGGUAAAAGAAACUAAUCUAAAUAAAAACCCAAAGCGAGAGAGAGAGGGGGGGAGGGAGGGAGGGAAAACACCAAAGGGAAGGAAAACCAAAAAUAGAGAGAGAAGAAAAAUAAAAAGGACAUCCAGUUUUCUGCCUGUCAGUUACGUAAAAUAAAGCAUUUGCUCCAUGAAAGCCACCCCCUUUUCCUGGCCGCGGUUCUCCAGGGGUUUCCAGAUGUGGCGGGGGAGGGAGGGAUAGUCCACGCCCGACCUGGAGAGGCGGACGGUUGGCACACCGCAGCUCUUGUUCCCCUUGCAGCUGGUGGUGCACGUGGGCCUGUCGGGCAUGGCCACCACGGUGACGCUGGAAAAGUGCGGCCACAACAUCGGCUACCGCGGCCUGGACAACUGCCGCUUCUGCCCGGGCUCCCAGUGUUGCAUCGAGGGGGGGCCCGAGUGCAUCGACUCCGUCAUCGACAUGGACGCCGUCUGCAAGAGGGUCUCCACCCUGGGGCUGGACGUCGCCGUGACGAUAUCGAAGGAUGCCGGCAGGUAGGCGGGGCAGAAUCCCCGGCUGGCGACAGAAGGAAGCCCCCCUGGCUCAGUGGUAAGGCUGAGCCCCACACCCUGGAGAGCCUCUGCCCCUCAGUGCAGGCGGUACAGAACUAGGCGGAGGGAAGGGCCUGGUCCUCUCUGUUGUGGCAGGGAGUUCCGUAGUUGAACAGGACAAUUAAAAUCAGUUAAGCAAAGGCCAAAGCAGCUCAGGGCCUCAAUGUCUUACGGAGCGCCUCUUCCCCAUGCGAACGGAUGCUGACCCUGCGUUUGUCAUCUAGGGACGCAGGUGGCAAUGGGGUCUCAACCACUGAGCCUCUUGGGCUUGCUGAUUGGAAGGUCGGCAGUUCAAAUCCCUGCGAGGGGGUGAGCUCCCGUUGCUCGGUCCCUGCUCCUGCCAGCCUCGCAGUUCAAAAGCAUGCCAGUGCAAGUAAAUAAAUAGGUACCGCUCCAGCGGGAAGGUAAAUGGCGUUUCCGUGCACUCUGGUUUCCGUCACAGUUUCUCAUUGCACCAGAAGCGGUUUAGUCCUGCUGGCCACAUGAGCUGGAAAGCCGUCUGUGGACAAAGGCCGGCUCCCUCGGCCUGAAAGAGACGAGUGCGGCAACCCCAUAGCUGCCUUGGACUGGACUUAACCUCCCAGGGGUCCUUUACCUUACCUUACCCAUGCCCCCCACUCCCUGAGAGGUCCAGAGGGUGGCAACACGAGAACAGGGCCUUUUCUGCGGUGGCUCCCCGUCUGUGGGAUGCUCUCCCCAGAGGCUCACCUGGUGCCAUCAUUGCAUGUCCUUAGGCAAAACCAGUCCUCUUUACCCAUGAAAUAAUCUAUUGCCUAUUAAAGCUGGGGGGUGGGGAAACGGGACUAUUAUUAUGAUUAUUUUAUUAUGCUUUUUGUUGUGUUUUUACUACUAUGAGUUCUUAAUGUUGGCUCUCUGAAUAGAGGGCAGUACACAGCAAUCCUGGACAACUGUGUUCCGGUUUGUGAACUUUUUUUGGAAGCCGAACGUGCUCCGCUUUGAGUGCCACACGUCCGUUUUGAGACUGCAGUACAUUGUUCAUUGCUUUCAUUUUAUGGAUCGAUGGUCUUGCCAGAUAGUAAAAUUCAUGUUAAAUGGCUAUUUUAGGGGUUGUUUUUAAAAGUCUGGAAUGGAUUAAUCCGUUUUGCAUGUCUUCCUAUGGGAAAGCGCGCCUUGGUUUUGGAACGCUGUGGUUUUGGAACAGACUUCUGGGACGGAUUAAGUUUGAGAACCAAGGGACCACUGUAAAUCAAAUUAAUGCUAGCGAAGCGAGAAAGCCGUCCCUGCAGAGAGCCAAGUUCUGCCGUUUAGCUCCGAGUUCUAAUCCCCGGCUUCUCCUCCUUGCAGGUACCUCUGCGACUUCACCUACUACACCUCGCUGUACCACAGCCACGGCCGCUCGGCCUUCGUCCACGUUCCCCCGCUGGGGAGGCCCUACAGCGCUGAGCAGCUGGGGAGAGCACUGCAGGCCAUCAUCGCGGCGAUGCUCAGCGACUUGAAACACUCAGACAGCAACAUCAAUUGCCACAACGAGCACUGAGGCACGAGCCCCGCGUCCCGCCUGCUCCCUCGCUGUUGCACUUCCUGAAAAGAAACUUCUCACAGUACCUUGGGGGCGGUGGGGGGCGGGUUUUCCUUCCCGAUUUUGAGCCGCAGGGCCCUCUCUGUGUCCGGUAAUCAACGAUAACUCCCCAAGAAACGAUUUUGCACCCUCUUUCAAUUCUCCAGGUCCCCCCUUUCCAGACACAACUGAGCAGUUUUUAUUUUUGGAUCGCCGCGGAGGAGUAGAGGCGUUUUUUUUUUUAAUUGUGUGUCUGGGAUUUCGGAAGGGAGAAGGGGGGGGGCUUAUGCCUCCUGUAAUAUCCAAGAAUCCAAGCCUCAAUUUGUAUGAAAAUUUUUGCCUCCUGUCUCGACUUGGGUUUUUCAAAAAGGGUGCAUACAAAAACGUUGUAGCUUAAAGCAGAGUAUUGCUGCCCGGGGAAAUUUUCUAACCCCUCGUCAAGGGGGUCAGAGCUUUCCACUCUGCCAGCCCCCCAAACGCCUCUGAUGCCCUCUUGGCGAAUGCUUUGGGGCAGGAAGGGGGGUGGGGUGGAGAGAGGCCUCCUUUGCUCUGACCUAGUUUUUUUUGGGGGGGGGUUGUUGGAGCAGAUGACUCUUGGGGUCCCCUCCCAUUAUUAUUAUUUUAAAGAAAAAACGGACCUCUUUGCAUUACUGCCUUUUUCAAACCUGGCAACUACAUACCUCUGCAUCCGAAGCGCACACCUUCUCUUCGGCUGGGUCUUGCUCCAGGAACUGGGAGCUGCCUUCUUUCCCCCCCACACACACCCCUGAGCCCUCUUUUCCAGUGCCUCAAAAGCUAGAUGCUGCUCAGACCCCACCCCAAGCACCACUUUGUACCUUAGAAUCUCAGCGUGGUACUAGAUCCUUUUUCUGAACUUUUUUUGCUGUGUCGGGGGGGGGGGGCUCUGGAGUAAAACUGGAAUGGUGCCGCCUCCUUGAUGACACUUCCUAAGAAGAUUUUUUUUGGGGGGGGACGACAAUGAAGAUGGGGGGGAGAGACACCUGAGACUCGCCCAGACUCCUGUUAUUGGCUGGCACAGCCGUUUCUCUGUGGUUGGGGCAGAAGAUCCAACAGCCCCUGCCUGAAAAACAUUCUGGAUUCUGGCAAAGAAGGGCUGCCCUUACAAGUAUUGCAGGAAAAAAAUGGCAUAUUUCCUCGUUUGAACAUGGCAGGAUGAGGGCGCCACGCUCAGCAGAGAGCUCAAAGAGUCUCGUUUUCAAAACCAGCGCACCAACUUCGCUCUAAAAAAGUCACGGGGCGUCGCAGACUUAAAAGGAGACGAACCCGAGUGUUUAAAAAUCCCGAAUGGCGUUGGGUGUCACAGACUCUCCCGUCAAAAUAGAGCUACAUGACUAAUGUCUUGGCUUAGAAGGAGGAGGAGGAAUCUGUUCAAGUGGAAAUAUGUGGAUCCUUCUCUUCCCCCCUCCCCUUUCUCUCUUUUUGUAAAAGAAAAGUUGAUUGCUAUUUGAAUCUCUUAAAAUCUUUAAUUGGUUCUGCUUUCUCUAGUAACUCUCAGUGAGAGUUCCCCAAGGGCCCGCCUGCUUAGCCCAGUGGAAUUGUUUGCGAGCGAGAGCCACGGGGUUCGGAUGCCGGAGCGGAGGCGCUUUCUGGACUGUGAAAAUCCUUGUAUAUCUGAAGUGUCUUGACUGAGCCCGUAGAGUCUACAAUGGCUCCUGUUUUUGUUUAGUCCAGGGAUUUGGGUGGGGGGUGCGAUCUGUGGCCGGCCAAAUGUCGUUGGAGUCCAUCUCCCCUCAUCACUAUUGCCCCUGACAGCUGCCUGUCCAACUCUCCAGUCCUACAUGGUGUGACCAGAAAGUUCGGUGAAUGGUCACUGAAAUCGGACAGUGAGAAAUAUUUGAACAUACAUGCCUUACAGGCCUUCAAAGUAGCCCCCUCAUGGUCCAAACUGUAGCUCAGUGAGAGAAGACAGGUCCAAUUUCAAGCCCUGGCUUCUCCAGGCAGAGCUGGGAAUUCCCACCUUCCUGAAAUCCUGCCAGUCAGUGUAGAACUGAGCUCGAUGGACCCAGGGAUCCUCCAUGGAGCUUCUUCCUGGCUUCCCCUGAGCCACAAAUUUGGGAGCGUGCUGUUGCCACUUGGGUCCUCCUUUUGGGCUCUCCUGGAGAGAGGAGGUUGGGCUGGGUGGGCCUGAUCCAGCAUGCUCUUCUUAGUUUCCUUGUGGAACCUCCAUAGACAGAGCCAGCUUAGCCUUAGGACAGUGGAGAACAAGAGCAGAAGGCGGCGGCUGCACUCUCAUCGUGAGGACAGGGUGCUGGGCCUAAUCCAGCAGUUCAUGGCUGUCCUCCUACAAACAUUGCAGUCCUCAUUCUCUCUGGCCUGCGCAGUGUGCUUUUUCUGCCCGUGUCUGCCCAUUUUAGUCCUGUGGGCUCUGGGUUUCCCGGAGAAUUUCCAAUCCGCCAUCUCUCUCCCUUUUUCCAGUGCCCUAAAUCGCCCCCUUCAACCUUGAGAGUGCCAGAUAUUCAAGAAUCCCACCUCCCAUCAUCGCCAGUCAAUCGAUCAACCCGUCUCCUUUAGUGGAAUAUGCCUACGAUUGUUCAGUAGAAAGAAACCCUGGAGAAGUCGGUGUCAUUUAAUCUUGCUUUCAAGCAUGAGGUUUAACUAUUUCUUGUGGACCUUUGCAGUAAAACGAGACAUGUGCAAUGGGUUUUGAUCUGUUUCAUAGCAUAUUCCAGCUGGCAAUUUCGCAGAGGGCAUUUCUUGUAAGGGAAAAAGCUCUCGCUCCUGAAAGUCCCACCAUUUCAUUCUGUUCCUUCCAUUUCUGGGCCGCUUUUCACUCGCGCACUCGCGAACAAGAAUAGAACAUCACGACGACAGCGUAAAUCACAUAGAAUAAUUACCAAUCGUCAGUAAAACAACUAUUUUCUGUAAAGCACUAUUAACAAAACAACAAUAAAAAUUAAGCCGAACAGCAGCUACACCCUUCCUGUUCUGGCUGAGAGCUGAGGAUCCAAAAUGCAGUGCUGGGAAUGUCUCCCUUUUGCAAACCCUGGAGAACAGCUGCCCAUCAGUCAGAAGCGCUGAGCCUGACUUCUACAGACGCCUUCCUCUGUUUUUAUGAAGUUGCUUCUGUUUUUCCAUCUCAGGAAUCCCACAAAAGCUCCACACUGCCCCCGCCUCACUUUUACAUUGCUAGCUAGAAUAUGUAAUUUAUUUUAUAAUCUUACAGUUUUCACAAAUAAUUUGAUUUGGGGUGGAGGGGGGAGGGAGAGGGAGGGGCCCACGGUUUCUCCGAAGAACCUUCACUUAGGUGCUGAUUUGUUUUUAAAGUUGCAUUAAAAGUCAUUUUUAUUUAAGCCGUUACAGAAUUAAAUGCGUGUCUUUGUGUUAUUAUUUCCCCUUUUUCACCUUCUCUCUCCUGUCCUGUUCAGUUCGCAGACUCCUAAAGUCUCCCUGUUUGAAUGGAAAUAAAAAGGCUUCUGAUAAUUCUUCAGUUUUCCAACCUG